AUGAGCUACUACGGCAGCUACUACGGAGGCCUGGGCUACGGCUAUGGAGGCUUUGGUGGCCUGGGCUACGGCUACGGCUGUGGAUGUGGCUUCCGCAGGCUGGGCUACGGCUGUGGCUAUGGAGGCUACGGGUUCGGCUCUGGGUAUGGAGGCUACGGAUGUGGCUGCUACCGCCCAUCCUGCUGUGGAGGGUAUGGAUUCUCUAGCUUUUACUGA